GACAGCACUUGUGAUAUACAGUAUCUACUGCUUCUGUAUAUACAGCACAUCCUUGGUUGCCUGAGCUAACGAGUAACGAGUUGCUAGUUAGUAAAUAAGGCCACUGUUUCAACGCGGUCCAUGUGUUGUGAAUUGGGAGUAACGGGUACAUGAUGAACAGUAAAAAUAUUUGAUUAUGAAUAUACUGUAUUCUCACUUUGAAGUUGAUUGCAAAUCCAGACACCGGGAAAGAAAAUGGACACCCACAAGAGUGCCUCACCGAAUGAAGCCCGACCAAAGAAGAGUAAAAACCGAAACAACUCUCCUUCUAAGAUUUCAGCAAAGUUGAUUUUUACAUCACUUGAAGCACUUCAUGCCAAAACUCAAGCAAAACUUAGAAUUAUCCGACCUCUGAGUGUUGUCAUGUUGCCAGUGGUGGCAACCAAACGAGGUUUUGAUGGUCAGUUUGUCACAUUUACAACCAAAAAUUGUAUAUAUCCUGCCCUACUGGUCCUGGACAAACACUUAAAGGAAAACGUCUCUAUAAUUACUGAAAGUAUUACUCCAGAACAAAACUUAAGUGAAGGGGAAGAAGUUACCUUAUGUUCAGACUGUCCUAAGUUAUAUGCUGAGGAAGUUUCAUUUUGUCUUCUCUCUAAUAAAGAAUUAAAUGGAUCAAUUGCUUUCACACUAUUUUUGAAAGAACAACUUGUAGUUAAGGGUCUAAUUAUUUGUACUGGUAUGAAUAUUUUUGUUAAUUACCUGAGUCAAGAAGUAAUUCUCAGGGUUCACAAUGUCAGAUUUUCAGCAAUACAGGAAACACAGUUUCCUCAGAUACCAUUUCAGUGUAUCUGGCAAACUCGAGUGAUUACACAAGGUGUGACAGAAUCAAAUAUAAAACAUAUAAAGCAGCAAAUUAAGUUUGAAGAUAUUGGUGGCUAUCAGCAUGAGUUUCGUGACUUACUUCAUCAGAUUGAUAUGUUAUUUUCUCCUAUUACAUCCGGUGUGAAACCAGUGAAAGGAAUAUUGAUUAGUGGACCCUCAGGGUGUGGGAAAAGCUUAAUAGGUGAAGCUUUGAAAACAAAGUUUGGUAACAAAUGUGUUAAUAUCCAGCUUGAAGAUAUAAAGAGCAAGUUUAGAGGAGAGACUGAGCAGAACCUGAAGCAGUGCUUUGUUAAGGCUUUUAACAGGGUUCCAUGUCUUGUCUUCAUUGAUGACCUAGAUAUACUGUGCAGUUCACGAGACAGGAAUGGAGAUACUGGGAUAGUUACAUCUCUUCUUCAUCUUAUGGAUGGCCUUGGUACCACCAGUGAUGGAAUACUUGUAAUUGCUACAGCAUCAAAACCUCAAACUCUUGAUGCAGCUUUACGGAGACCUGGGAGACUUUCCCACGAUGUGGUGUUGUCACUUCCUGAUGAAUUUGCCAGAAGAGAAAUCCUUCAAAAACUGCUGUUUGGUGUGUCUAAUGACCUGGAAGAAUCAAAGUUGACUACUUUAGCUGUUAAUGCACAUGGCUAUGUAGGAGGAGAUCUACAAAGUGUUGUAAUGGAAUCGGUAAUGCAGACACAGGGUAGAAAGCUUACAAUACAAGACCUAGAAGCCUCAGUGGCAACUACAAAGCCUGCAGCACUCAGGGAAUCUACCUUGUCAGAGUUUGAGGUUAAACUACCGGAUAUUUGUGGCUAUGACAGAAUAAAAUCGAAGCUCCAUGAAGCACUAAGUUUAACAUUGGCCCAUGGCUCAGUGUUCCACAAAUGUGGUAUAACUCCACCAUCAAGAUUCCUGCUAUUUGGACCUCCAGGCUGUGGUAAAUCCUCCAUCAUAAAGGCACUUGCUACUGAUUUUCAUCUUCGUAUUAUUCCAGUCAAGAGAUCCACCGUACUUGGCAAAUACUUUGGAGAGUCUGAACAAAAUCUGGCUAGAAUUUUCUUAAAGGCAAAUGACUCGUCUCCAUGUAUCAUACACUUUGAGAAUUUUGAUGGCCUCGCUGGCAAGAAGAAACUUGGUGAGCAUGGAGGGACAGAUGUUGAGAGUCGCAUCAUAAAUCAUCUUAAGGUUCAGCUGGAUGGUAUUGUUCAAAAUGAUGGUAUCUUCAUUUUUGCAGAAACCAACCGCCCGGAUCUUCUAAAUAAGGACGUGAUUCGACCUGGCCGCUUCCAUGAAUACUACUUUGUUGACUUACCUAAACCUGAAGAUAGACGACUUAUUCUCGGUAAACACUUAUUACCUAGCAAGGUGGCAGAAGCUGUAGAACUUGAUAACCUCAUCCAGCAAACAACUUUCUUCACAGCUGCUGAGGUAGUACUUGUUCAUUUGUGUGAGGAGGUCAAGACUCAGAGUAAAAGAGAAAGCAUAUGGAAUGUUGAUGAUCCUGACUACACCAUCAACAGUGGCAGGUGCAGUGAAGAAAUACUUGAAUCACUGAUCCCCAAUACCUCACAAAAAAUGCUUCACAAAUAUAAAGCAUUUGCAAAAAUUUAUUGUUCAUGAAAAAUGUAACAAUUUACAAUAUAUUAUUUUAUAAACUAUUUUAAUAUAAUAUGCUCCAGAGCAUUUUUUUACAAAUGGAGACAUUAAAUAAUAAUAUUACAUGGUUUGUACUGAGCUUUGUUAAUAUAAAAUGGAAUACAUAUUUCAUUUUAAAUACAGGCAGUGACUGUUAUACGAUAGGGUUUGGGAACUAAAAAAUCCAUCGCUGGAAUAAUGAUUAGAUUAUUUCUAAAUAACUCAAAUAAUUUGUAAAUAGACAUAAAAUCAAUAAUCUUAUACAAAAUAAAGAUAUAAAAAACA